GAAGAGGUCAUUGAUGACUUUGCGAUUAUACAAAAUUACAAAGGAAAAGUGUAGCUGUUUUAGUGUGAUUUAACUGUUUACCUCUAGUUUUUUUAGUGUAAGCAUAUAAAUAAACAUAACAUGGCUGGUGCAAUGUUAUUCGAAAGAUCACGCCUGUCGUCGACGAACAGAGACGAAGACGUCCGCAUGACCGACAAAAUGGUUAGCACUGGCGAGGUGCCCGAAGAUGACGAAGAAAACAUACGGGCUAAAGAGCAAGGAAUAUUGAACCUCGGUGAAAAAUACAAGAAAGAAGGUAAAGCUAAGGAAUUAGCCGAACUUAUCAAAGCAACUAGACCGUUUCUCAGUCUCAUAAGUAAAGCGAAAGCAGCAAAACUUGUCCGUUCACUGGUUGAUUUCUUCCUUGAUUUGGAAGCUGGCAUUGGUAUAGAAGUACAAUUGUGUAAAGAAUGCAUAGAAUGGGCAAAAGAAGAACGUCGCACGUUCCUACGGCAGUCCCUGGAAGCCAGAUUGAUCGCUUUAUAUUACGACACAGGUAUGUACACAGAAGCUCUCGAUUUAGCCACAGCGUUACUCAAGGAGCUCAAGAAGUUAGAUGAUAAGAACCUGCUAGUAGAAGUCCUCCUUUUAGAGAGCAAAACCUACCAUGCACUUAGCAAUUUACCAAAAGCUCGUGCUUCCCUCACCUCAGCCAGGACAACAGCAAACGCGAUCUAUUGUCCUCCUAAAAUGCAAGCAGCUCUUGAUUUACAAUCUGGCAUACUCCAUGCUGCUGAUGAACGUGAUUUCAAAACAGCUUACUCAUAUUUCUAUGAAGCUUUUGAAGGUUAUGAUGGUGCCGAUAGCCCUAAAGCCCUUACUGCUUUGAAAUACAUGCUACUGUCAAAAAUCAUGUUAAACCAGGCAGAAGAAGUGAAUACAGUUUGUGGCAGCAAGGCGGCUCUUAAAUAUGCUGGAAAAGAGUUGGAAGCAAUGCGGGCUGUUGCCACUGCUUCCCAUAAGAGAUCACUGGCUGAUUUUCAAGCUGCAUUAAAAACUUAUAAACGUGAACUGGAGGAAGAUGCAGUAGUCCGUGCCCAUCUUGGGGCUCUUUAUGACACUAUGCUGGAGCAAAAUUUAUGUCGUAUUGUAGAACCCUAUAUGCGUGUUCAAGUAGAUCAUGUUGCACGUUGUAUCCGUCUGCCUGUAGUUCAAGUUGAGAAGAAGUUGUCACAGAUGAUUUUGGAUAAAAAAUUGAAUGGUAUACUGGACCAAGGAGAAGGGGUACUUAUUGUAUUUGAUGAAUCACCCUUGGAGAAAACCUACGAGACAGUUCUGGAAACCAUCCAUCACAUGAGUAAGGUUGUUGAUACUCUUUACCAGAAAGCCAAGAAACUUUCAUAGACCCAUAUUGUAAAUUUGUUGUAGCAUUAAAGUAUAUCAAAGUAACCAUAAAUUUUCAGUUCAAACAUUUGUAAAUGGAACUAUUUUUUGAUUGAAUACAAAAUUUCAUUAUUUGUAUCUACCAAAAUGCAAGCUGAAUAGUGAUUUACUAAUAAAUAAUAAAUGUAAAAAGAGUUUUAACAACUGGGGAAUAGCUGUGAUGUUGUCACAGAUAUUCUGCAAGUGAUAUACUAUGAAAUUGCUUCUUUUUUUUAAAUAUGCAUCUUUGAAAUAAUACUAAUCUCAUUUGAUUUAACAUUUUUUGUUAACAUAAAUUACUGAAAAAUUACAAUAUUCUGUUUUAAUGAGAAAAAUAAAAGGUGUUCUUC